AUUAACGUGCGCACUGUUUACCUUCUGCAGCCAGAGGAAGAAGAGGAGGAAUGUCUAAUUCUUUUCAAAAUGUACUCUCACGGCUCAGAGAGUUUAAUUAAACAAGCAAGGGAGAUCCAGGAGUCUGAGCUGCAGAAGUUUUACAACAGAUUGGGGAAGCUUCUCCAGGGGAAGGAGCUCAGUCAUGAGACUAUUGACUCCCUGCAGAGGCUGCUCCUCAUCCUCUCUGCCACCAAAUACACCAGGGUAUUGCCUCCGGAGCUCCAGAAGAGGUUCAUAUCUCUGCUCUCAUCACCUGCAGAGCAGCUGCAGGUGCUGAGCUCAGCUGUGCUCAGAGAGACGUUGCCCCCCUCUGGUCAGGAAGUGAACUACAACCAGGAGAACAUCUCCCAGCUGAACACCCAUGCUGCUUCCCUGCUGCUCUCACAGGCUGGAUCCAGACCUGACCUGACGUCCCUUUGCGCUCAGCUCCUUCGUGGUCUCGAAGGCCGACAGUCAGAGGGAUCAGCUCACUCGCUCACACACACUCUACCUAUCAUCAACACCAUCCUCAUGCACAGCCCCGAGAGCCUGACUGAAGAUCACGUCACCCUCUUGAGUAAAAAGUUUGUGGAUUGGCUGCGUUAUGCCAGCAUCACUCAGGGAGGAGGGGCUUCCUCUGGAGGAUUUUUCACAGGGCCGAGGUCACGCCAGCCGGUGCCAAUAGCAGAGCUGGAUGGGACCGUGUCGGGAGAUUUCUUCACUGUGCUGUGCGUGGGUCAGGGUUUCACUGAUGACCAGUGGAUGAACGUCUACUCCUUCUCUUUGCUUCGCCACUGGCUUCUCACCUACCACUCUGUUUCCAACGGCAAUUCCACCUCAGAUACAGCUCACAGGCUGCAGCUCAGCCUCUCCCUCUCACACUCCCACUCCUUCUCCAAUGAUGAUCGGUCGGAGGUGGAUGGAUCGGUGGUUUCCAUGGUUUCAGCGACUUCCUCCUCCAGCCGCUUGCUGCCUCCAAAGGAGCGUCUGAGAGAGAAAGCUUUCCAGUACUGCCAGCGGCUCAUCGAGCAGAGCGACCGCAAGGCGAACAAAAGGAUCGAUACAGACCUGCAGAAAGCGUGUCUGGUGGAGGCGGUGUGUAUACUGGACUGUGUGUGUGAGGAGGAUGCCUCGCUGGUCUUCAGGACGUUCCCGUGCAUCAAGGCGCUCUUUGGCCGCCUCAGUUCAGACCUGUCGUAUGCCCGAGUCCUUCUGCCCAUAGCGCAGUUCUACCUCCACCAUGGUGAGACAGCUGCAGUGGACUGUGAGAGUGUGUGGAGCCUGGUGUUUGGUCGACUCCCCGCUGAGCUGUUCAACGACCACUUCCUGGCACACGAGCUUCUGCGCUUUCUUCGUCUGAACCUGGAGAGCCUGCAGCUCCGUGUCCCACAGUACACCCGGUCCUUCCCGAAUCUGCUGAAGUUCUUGGCGUGGGACAGCCCAGCAACAGUGGAUGACUUUGUGGAUCUGCUGCCCUCUCUGGUGACGACUGGAACUGCAGUGGAGCUCCUUCAUACUUUGCUGGACCUGCCGUGUCUGUCUGCCACACUGGUUUUACAGCUCAGAUCAGCUUGUCUGCCCAUCUCUGACACAGCUGGACGUCCCCUCCUCUCACUCGAUGCAUUUCGCAGCACUUCUUACCGAGGGCUUUUCCUCUUCCUGCUUCGAGGGGAAGCAGGUUCAGGUGACACUAUAGACCGACUGAGCACUCUUCAUGAGCUACUAGCCGAGGCUGCUGAUUGGCCAAGAGUCAUUCAUUGUGCCCAGACCGUCCCUGUGCUCCUCCACAUUUUCUUCAACACAGCCACCAAGGUAGCAGAUGAUAAGCUUUUAGCACACUUGAUUUUGGUGAUCCUGGAGAGAAGCGGCCUCCUCCUAAAUAUGCCAAAAUACAUCCAAGAGAUUCACAGGGUUUUCAGUAGCCACCUUCUGAGGCUCUGCAAGCUUCACCCCUCUCUGGUGGUCGACCAAUCUCACGAGUUGCUGGAGUUUUCUGGAGCUACAGCCAACGUCUACAGCAAGGAAGAAGUCUACACACAUGUGGUGUGGGUGCUGGGGGAGUACCUCUCUGUGUCCUGUGACUCCCGCUGCUCCGUGAGGCUCAUCACUUCCUGUUUUGAGACGCUUGAGGCAGUGCUGUUUGAGAUCACUUCCUCUGCCCCGCCACCUGGAGCAGUUUGCCCCGCCCCCAGAGUCAUCACCACUCUAAUGAGCGCCCUGGCCAAGCUGGCGUCCAGAUCACAUGACCUUAUACCUCGGGUGUCUUUGUUCUUCUCCAAGCUGAAAACGGCCACAAGAGGCGGGUCAGUGCCCUGGUGUACCAAUGAGGAGGAUCUUGUUGCCAUAGUAACAAGAGGGGAAGAGCUCUGGUCACUGCUGAAGGCGCCGGGUGUGGCUCAGAGCGUCCUGACUCCGCCUUCACAUAUCACGACACCUCAGUGGCACAGAGACACCAACGUCGCCAUGCCUCUUCAGCUGCGUGCUCUCACCAGCCUCACACACUCACAGUGACACACAAACAUUCACUGAUACACAACAAACAAAGGUACACAAUCAUUUUUCACUUGAAUCAAAUUAUGAUUUCUUAAUGAAAUGCCACUUAAAAAUUUGAUUUUUGCACAUCAUUUUUGUAAAUAAAUGAAAUUAUUUG